AUGUCGCAUUAUUCCAAUGGAACCGGUCUCAGCUACCUCUACAGUGAUGGUCAAGUUCAGUAUCAGACUGUACACACCCCGUGUUCGACGUACUCAGCAAACUACGCACCGAGUCCAGGAACGUCUGCUCCUCCUCUCUAUUUGCCUCCCACAUCCGGUUCACAACUCAAUUAUUCAUUUGUAGGCCCACGAGUUCCUACGCUUCCUUCCCAGUCUCGUGCUUUCCCACAGAGCUCUUACUACAGCACGUCUUCGGGGAAUCGGACGACUUCACACCAUCAACGACUCGCUCCUCCACGAGAAUACACUUCAAUGGAUGGCACAGAGUGUCAAGACUCUCCAAACGAGGACACGAUGCUGUCAGAACCUGUUCUACCCCCACUCGAGGGCUAUCCGGAUGUACACGAAUUCGAUGAGCUGAUGAAACGCUACGUCCAAGACCUCUCUCCCAAGAAACAGGACAAAGCUCUCAUUCAUGCGCGGCGAGCUGCCAACAUCAAACAUGUCCUGAUUGACAAGAAGACAACGGCCAUAGAGUCGGCGCAAUUCAGGUUUUGGGUCAAGAAGAUGUUUACACUGCAACCUAACGACAGCAAAAUCCCAGAGCAUUUAAGGAAGAUUUGCCAUGAAGGGAAACCAGUGGCAGUGCGGGAGAAGUUGUUUAAGAUCCUGACCAAGGCACACAAACAGUGUCAACACGGCGGACGAGACAAAACGUCUGCGCAGGUCAGAAAGGUGUACUCAUGGUUCGACUCGCAAGCCUUCUUUAUGGUUCGAGAGACUAACCAUGCAUGCUAG